UCUGCUUUACUGCUUAUAAGACUACUUAGCAGUUUUUUGCUGGCCAGACGAAGUAAGAAAGAAACGGUGCAACUCGGAAACCCCCAUCUGAUUCAAAGAUGAAGAAUUUUAUUAGUGUAACCUGUCUGGUCACUGUACUCUGCUUCUCAGCAAUAUGUGCCAAUAUGGACAUCAACAAAGCUGUCUUGGAUGCCGAAUCUUUAGUCUUGGGAGAUGCAGAGCCACAGGCCGCUAUUGUUGCGACAAUUACAGCAAUUGUCACGAUUGCUUCUAUAAUCAGCAAAGGUAGGGAAAUGUUGAAAAAUGUGAAUGUUAAAGACAUCAUGAAAACAGAGAUCAUUCCUUACCAUUGUGAUUUGGCUCAAUCCUACGGUAACCUUACUCACACUAUCUUUGAAGAGAUGGAUAACGAACUUAAGGUUAUGAUCGGAGCAAGUAAAAUAUCUUUGGAUAGACUUCACAAGGAAGCAAAUGAGAGAGAAGUGAAAUUUGAAGAAUACGUAGCGACAUUAACACAAAACCCCUUUUUAGAAACCGCAGAAGAUGGAGCGUUUUUUAACCAAGAUUUCCAAGGUUUUGAAUCAUUUGGUAUAUCUACCGGUGGUUACGAUAGAGCAAUUGCUGAGCAAGCAAGAUCUUGGUUUAUCAAUCUGGUUCAAGAUAAAGAUAUUCUUGACAGCUCCAAAAUAGAGAUAGAAGAUUUUGUUAACAUCGUUUCUGCUUCCGGUGCAGCCGUAGAAUGCUUUGCAACACUGUUUUACAAGAAAAUUCGUGUCGAACGUAGAGUUGUUGAUCUUGGUGUUGUUCGAUAUCCCGAUCUGGAGAACCCCUUCCUCAAGAUGUACCAGCUGAAGAUUGCCGCAUACAGGAGUAGUACCAGACUAUUAUUUCUUGAAAAGAAACAAAGUGGAAUUGGAGGAAGUAUCUAUAUACGAAAAUUUGUUCCUCGUCGUGCUGCAAUUGCCACACUCACAGAGAGAUCUCUAAAUUAUGCUGUUGAAUACGCUGAAACAUUUUUCGACUGAAAAUUUCAAUUUUUGUAAAAAGGAAAAGGAAAUCAAAGCUGGAGAAUUUGUUUUAAUUAUAUUUACCUUUAUUUUCUCUUCAUACAUCAUUUUUAUGAUCCAUUUGCAGAAUUUUUAUUUUUAUGAAUUACCUACAGAAUUCCUAAUAAAUUUAUUGACUGACAAAUAUUAACAGCCUUAACACCAACAAGAACAAUAACGGUGAAGACAGCAACAGCAACAGCAACAAAGAUAACAACAGAAGACAUUGCAAUGUAUUACAUGAAUUAUUUGAUCUUUUUUUUAGUCUGGGAUUCCGACUGAAAAUAAUAAAAAUCAGAAAAUGAAGAUU